UGAAUCUUCCGAAUCUUAUGAACAUUCUGUAUGCCUGCUUUGUGUGCAGACCACGGCGCAUUGUUUCGGCAGAUCCUAUUUUUCUACUGCAUAGUCGUUACCCUCUGAAUGACCCCGUCGCGUGUUCGCUUUGCGACGGAUAUUUUAGGGCAGUCCCACGUCUAUCCAGACGGUGGCGCGCUACUACAAUCUUUAAAACAACCGACGACAUAUACUUUGGCGAAAGUCUCAUUGCGCGUUCUUGUCUCCAAACGCUGAUUUCCUGCUUACGCGUGAGUUUACCACUGGAGGUCACCGAAUAGGAUUUACGACUGGUCAACAAAAAACACGUGAUUCUAAGCCAUACUCCAUAUUUGGAAGCAUACGUAAGGAAGCAUUAAGUCUGUGUCUCACUCAUUUCCAUAAUUCAUCAUAAAUUGUGCAAGGGUGCAAUAGAAGCUCAAAACCACCAAGAGACACAAAUCAAACACACACAUUUUUGUUCUCUCCACAACUGUGGUUAUAGUCACUAAAUAAUUAUAAGGUAAUUAUUGUCAACCAAUGAGCUCUUAUUUUGUGAACUCAUUUUGCGGUCGCUAUCCAAAUGGUGCGGACUACCCCUUACAUAACUAUGGAGAUCACAGCUCUAGUGGCCAAUACAGAGAUUCUACGGGCAUGCAUUCGGGCAGGUAUGGCUAUGGUUACAGUGGAAUGGAUCUUAGCACCGGGAGCUCUAACACCGGACACUUUCUCUCAUCUGGUGAGCAAGCUCAAAGCUACACAGACAAUCGAACUGCGACGCCUGUCGGGUACAAUCAACCGGUUACCGCAAACAGCGCUGAGUCCCACUCGCCUUCCUCUGACCCUCUCCCCUGUUCGUCCAUAACCAACUCUACUGUCAGCGAGCCCUCACACCGCGCCCAAAAAACAUCACUGCCGAGUACCACUGGCUCUGUGACCAACAGUGUCGGAGCCAUUCUCAGUCGCGAGGACGUCUCUAAAGCGUCCCACAGCAUGGAGGAAGACAAUCGAGAAGGAAGUGCAAAGGCAGCCUCACUGAAUGUAUCUGAUGCUCAGCAGCCACACAUUUAUCCAUGGAUGCGAAAACUUCACAUAAGUCAUGACAGUUUGACCGGACCGGAGGGUAAAAGGCCGAGGACAGCCUACACACGGUACCAGACGCUUGAGCUGGAGAAGGAGUUCCACUUUAACCGGUACCUGACACGGCGCCGACGAAUUGAGAUCGCACACACGCUCUGUCUAUCAGAAAGACAAAUCAAAAUAUGGUUUCAAAACCGAAGAAUGAAAUGGAAAAAGGACAACAAAUUGAAGAGCAUGAGCAUGACAGCUGCGGGAGGAGGAUACCGGCCCUAAGAAUGUUUACAAACUGUAUAUAAACUAUAUGUCUAUAAGUGUUAAUAUGAAUGUGUGCGUGCCUGUUUCCGCUGUGUGUGUUCUGUAAAACAGAGAAAACGAAAGUUAUUGGCUUUUUCCAUUUCGCAAUAGACUUUCCACUGGACAGGGCGUUCACUGGCUCAUGACCAGUAUGUUGGCCUUGGCCGGAAAAAAAUUAUUUCCUUUUCGUGUUUCAUUGUUGCUUAUCUUUCCAUUGUCUUAUAAAACUCAAAA